UUUGCGAUCCUUCUCUGAUCUGAGUCAGAGUUGUUGAAUUUAGGGUUUUUAGUAGUAAUCGAGAGAGAAGAGAGAUGGCGAUGGAUCUGAGCCCACAAUUGGCGAAACAAGUAUACGGAGGUAAUGGAGGGUCGUACUAUGAGUGGUGCCCCUCUGAGCUUGGCAUGUUAAGGCAUGGCAACAUCGGUGCGGCCAAACUCGCCGUCGAGAAGGACGGCUUUGCACUUCCGAGCUACUCCGACUCCUCUAAGGUUGCCUACGUUCUUCAAGGAAACGGGGUUGCCGGAAUUGUGCUUCCUGAAUCAGAAGAGAAGGUUGUUGCCAUUAAGAAGGGCGAUGCCAUAGCACUCCCUUUUGGUGUUGUGACAUGGUGGCACAACAAAAACGACGCCGAAUUGGUUAUUCUUUUCCUGGGCGAGACUUCGAAAGCUCACAAGGCCGGUCAAUUCACCAACUUCUUCUUCACGGGUUCUGAUGGAAUCUUCAGUGGUUUUUCCACUGAGUUUGUGGGCCGAGCUUGGGACUUGGACGAAAAGGACGUCAAGUCUAUUGUUGGAAACCAAUCAGGCAAAGGCAUUGUGAAGCUUGAUGGCAACAUUAAGCUUCCCGAGCCAAAGCAGGAUCAUCGUAAUGGUAUGGUACUGAACUGUCUAGAGGCUCCAUUGGACGUUGACAUUAAAGGAGGUGGAAGGGUUGUGGUUUUGAACACGAAGAAUCUUCCAUUGGUUGGUGAGGUUGGGCUUGGUGCUGAUCUGGUUAGGUUGGAUGGAAGUGCCAUGUGCUCUCCUGGGUUUUCUUGUGACUCUGCCUUACAGGUCACUUAUAUUGUCAGAGGAAGUGGUAGGGUUCAGGUUGUUGGUCCCAAUGGUGAGAGAGUGUUGGAGACAACCAUAAAAGAAGGUUUUCUGUUAAUCGUACCCAGGUUCUAUGUGGUCUCAAAGAUAGCUGAUCUUGAUGGAAUGGAAUGGUUCUCUAUCAUCACCACCCCCAAUCCUAUUUUUACCCAUUUGGCUGGAAGUUCUUCGGUGUGGAAAGCCCUGUCUCCUGCGGUUUUACAAGCUGCUUUUAAUGUGGGCUCAGGACUUGAACAGCUCUUCCGUUCGAAGAGGACUAAUGACGCCAUCUUCUUUCCCCCACCAAAGUAGAUAAAUGACAUGACUAUAACCUUCAAGACAAGAGGAAGUCUUUGUAUUCUCUUUUUGACAGCAUUAUUUAGAUUUUGCGCUUGACUUGAGUUUUGUCUUUUAUGUUUUGAAGUUAAAGGAGGUGUUUGAACCAUAUACAUUACUGGUUUUAACAUAUCCCAAGGCCUCGAUGUACUUCUCCCGCGAAGGUACUCCAUGCUCCAUCCCCACAAAAACGCCCCAUGCCCUUUAUCAAGUACCGAAUCCUUCAUGGAAGACAAUUUUAUUUUAUCAAUUUCCUAAAUCAACUUCAUAGAUAUUGCAAAUAUACUGAUUUAUUUGUAAACCAUCCAUUACGAAGUAGAGCAUUAUGUUUAUUCUUAUGCUUUUAUUUUUAUAAAAUUCGUUAUCAUAUGA